AUGGUUCGACUUACGCCCACAAAUUACAACAUGUGGAAGCCAAGGAUGGAAGAUUUUCUUAAUCUAAAAGAUUUAGCAGAGCCUAUAGAAAAUCAAGGUGUCAAACCUGACACGAAGACAAACGAAGUUUGGACGAGAAUAAACAAGAAAACGGUGGCACAAAUUCGACAGUGGAUCGACCACAGUGUUUUUCAUCAUGUCUCUCAAGAGACAGACGCAUACAAACUUUGGGAGAAGCUCGAGAAUAUGUAUCAAGCAAAGACGGCAUGCAACAAGACCUUGCUGAUGAGGCUCCUUAAUGAGGCGGAGGAAGAACUGGAGGUAGAGGUCAAGGUCGAGGCAGAGGCAGACAUAGUCAAAGUAGAGGAAGAUCUAAGGAUCGAGGGAAAUCACGAGAUCGAGGGAAAUCGCGAGAGCAAGCUCAAGUCAAUUCAGAAUCCAAGCAGGGAGAAUGGUGAAACCAUGGUCACCAUAACACAAGAUGUUGCCCUUGUUACAUACGAGGAAGAAGCAUGCCUACAUGUUGUAACUCCUGAUGAUGAGUGGGUGAUUGAUAGCGCUGCAUCAUAUCAUUCGACUCCAAACCGGGAUUUAUUCACUACUUAUAAACCCGGAGACCAUGGUACCGUAAAGAUGGGAAACACCAGUUUCUCAAGCAUUGCUGGUAUUGGUGAUGUGCAUUUAAAGACCAAUGUUGGAUGUACAUUGGUGUUGAAAGAUGUUUGGCAUGUCCCAGAGCUAAGAAUGAAUCUUAUCUCAGUUGGAGCUCUUGACGUCCAAGGAUAUGAUAAUCAAUUCGGAAGUUAUUAA